AUGGCCCAAGAUCCCCGAGUUCUGCUUCAACGAGCCGACAAAGCGCUCAGUAGCGCAUCUGGUGGCUUCAGCUUCUUCGGCGGAAGGACAGAGAAGUACGAGAAUGCAGCUGAUCUCUACACACAAGCUGCGAACGCCUUCCGAGUGCAGAAGCAGAACAAGGAGGCCGGUCUUGCCUUCGAGAAGGCUGCCUCUAUUCAGACCCAGAACCUCAACGAGCCCGAUGAUGCAGCAAACACCCUGACCGAAGCGUUCAAGGUCUACCGCAAAUCCGACCCCGAGGACGCCGCUCGCGUGCUCUCCAGUGCUAUCCAACACUACGUGCUAAAGGGUAACCUCCGGCGCGCGGCCACGCAACAGCAACAUCUGGCCGAGGUGUACGAGGUGGAGCUUGGAGAUACGAAGAAGGCGCUGGAAGCCUACGAGAAAGCGGCGGAGUGGUUCGACGGUGACAAUGCUGAAGCUCUUGCCAACAAGCACUACCUGAAGGCAGCAGACCUGGCCGCUCUCGAAGGCGACUACUACAAGGCUAUCGAGCACUACGAGCGAAUCGGCCGCUCAUCGAUCAACAACAACCUGAUGAAGUGGUCCGUCAAGGACUACUUCCUCAAGGCUGGUAUCUGCCACUUGGCGACCAAUGACCUGGUAGCCGCCAACCGAGCCCUCGAGAACUACCGCGACAUCGACACCACCUUCGCUUCCACAAGAGAGCACCAGCUCCUCGUUGACCUGGUCCAGACCAUCGAAGCCGGCGACCAGGAAGCAUUCGCCGACAAGCUGUUCCAAUUCGACCAGCUCAGCAAAUUGGACAAGUGGAAGACGACUCUUCUGUUGCGGAUCAAGAACAGUAUCGAGGAGCAGGGCGAGGAUUUCUCUUAG